AUGAACGCCGCCGUCUUUGCCCGUACCGGAAUCCGUGCCCGCGCCACCAUUGGUGCCACCCCCAAGCGUAGCGGUGCCUACCACUGGACCAACGACAACGGCAAGAACAUCCCCUUCUCUACCAAGAACAAGCCCGCUCUUGCCUUCGGCGUCACCGCCUACCUCGGCACUGGUUUCGCCCUCCCUUUCGUUGCUGGAUACUGGCAGGCCUACAAGGCCGGUCGCGUUUAA